AUGGCGGAUUUGCAUUUCUCAGGAGCAAUUUCCAGAGAUAUGUUUGUUAAAAAAAUGUUAAGAUCAAUGAAGGCUGCGUUUAGGAGUUCUAUAGCGAGGGGAAGCGAUUUAUUUGAUGAAAAAAUGACCAUAUCAUCAGCGAGUGAUAGAUAUUUCCAACGAAGGUUGAGAGGCAUUCCAUGGUACCAGACAAUAAGUAGUGACAUUGACAAUGAUGAUGAAAAAGAAGUCUAUGUUGCACUAGUAGUAGAAUUAAGUAGUUCUGACAAUUAUUACACCUUCGACAUUGAAGCACACUUCAACACAGCCAGCUUCCAGUGCAACUACUAUCCUAAAGUUUUUAAAAGGAAAGAUACUUUAGGAGAGCAUAUGUCUUGCCAUGUUGGUGGUAGAGUUUUCAAAUGCAUCGCUUGCGUUAAGAAGUUUAGCGAUAGGAGAAAUCUCAGGGCUCACCAAAAGUUGAUACAUAAUUCUGACCCGAUUAAGUGGCCGAAAUGUCAAAAUAUGUAUGCUGAUAAUAGAAAAUUAAGAUAUCACAAUCUGUUGAUGCAUACAAACAAAAAAUCUUUCCAUUGUGAAUGCAAAGCUUCAUUUGCCGUGCCAUCAAUGCUUUCAAAACACCGAACGAAAAUGGUAAAAUAUUGA